GUCAAUUAGCAUUUUAGUCGCGUCGCAUACCUAUUUAUUUCCUUGUCAGAGAGGGGACAAAACCAUCUCAAUAUCUGCCCAUCCAGCGCGAUUAGAUAGAUGGUUAUCACCCCCACCACGAAACAAAAUUCGGGCGAACAAAAAUCAUGCAACGAUUACUACGAGACAAAACGGGAAACGUUUCCCAAUCCAGGUUUUGUGCUGGAGGAGAUAUCAGCAAAUUUCUUGUCUCAAUUUCUCAAAAUUUCAUAGCGUUCUACUUCAAAUUCCUGAAAUUUCUGAAAGCUGAUAAUCAACAUUUUUCCCCUGGAAUCGACUUUCUCUUUUCAAUUUCUGAAAAUUUUAAAUCAUUUUCCAAAUAUUUGUUCCUGAAAUUUCUUAAAGUUGAACUUCAACUUUUUUCCCUGGAAUCUAUUACACCGACUUUCUCUUUUCAAUUUCUGAAAAUUUCAUACCAUUUUAAGAAUAUUUGUUGCUAAAAUUUCUGAAAGUUGAACAUCUACUUUUCCCCCUGGAAUCUAUUACAACGACUUUCUCUUCUCAAUUUCUGAAAAUUUUUGGGGAAUUGCAUUUUUAACUUGAAAAAUGGGUGAUCCCGAGGCGAAAGGAAUGAUGAUAAAUCCCGUGAUUUCCACAAUAUCUGGCCCUUUGUCCCCACAACUUCCCCCCGCAACGAAUAAUAAGAUCUCCCCCCUCAACACUACAAAGUUUGGCUGCUCACCAACCUACAUUUGCAGCGUGCCUGGAUUUCUCAGACUUUUGAAUAUUGCAUUCGGCUUUAUCGCAUUUGGUCUUUGGUUACCCGGAUAUCCGCAUGAAUUUCUCGGAGAACGGAUCAACCAACAAACGGGCGACACUGAAAAAGGCUAUGGAAAUGGAUGGACACGCGAACCUCUCAACCAAUUUGUGCUGGCAGCGAUUCUAAUCUGUUUGGGAGCUUCGUGCGUCAUGCUUAUCGGGCUCGUCAUCGUCAAACAGGCAUCCGUCGAUUGGAACAGAUUCAACAAACUUCUCCAUUUCGGGCUCGCCGUGUUUUGCUUCAUCGCUGCGAUCUGCUCCAUUUUUGGGGUCUGGUACUUCAACGAGAACUGCUGCCACGUGUCGAUGGAUUGGGAAGGAGUCGGAUUGUCAUUCUCGCUUUCUGCGGGUGAGACGAACUACGUGCGACACUGUUACUGCUACUUGACCAAGUACCUCAACGUUGGCGACCAGUUCCAGUCCUCCGUCCGCGAAACCAUUCUCUACGAAGCCACCAAACACCCCGACGUUUCCGGCUUCGAUCACCACUGGACUUUCAUGGCGCACGACUUGGAUCCUCAUUUCGCAGCCAUUUUUAUCCUCUUCCUCAACUCGAUCUUCUACUUUCUCGGAUUUCUCUUCUCAAAGUCAAACAAGGUCUAAAAAAAACAAGAAUUACAAAAUUGGGAACAUUCAUAUUAAAAUUGGGAGAAAAAUCAAAACCCAUCAUCGAAAAAAUUGCAAUUUUGCAAGGCUUAAAACCUGAAAAAUUCUAGGAAACUAAUUCGACGACAUAUGUGGAAAUUUUUCAAUAUUGGAAACUUCACAAAAUUUGCAGACAUCAAAAUUAAACGCACCAUUGCAAAAUUUAAAAUUUCACAAAGCUUAAAACCUGAAAAAUCCUUAAAAACAAUUACGAAAAAAUCACUAUUUUACUGCUGAAAAUUUCAUGCAAAAAUUCCCGAGUGAUCCAAUUUCUUCACUAAAAUUCCCAAAAUUCGACGCCCAAUAUGAAAAAAAUCAGUAUUUUACUAUAUCAUAUUUCUAAAAAGAUUCAUGUCCAUCUGCAUCCUAAUUUAUCUCUAAAUGCAAAUUUUCAAAUAUUUUUCGUAAUAUAUUUUAAUUGACUUUAUUUUCCUAUCUUCACGAUUAGCAUCAUCAUAUUGAAUAUUUUGAAUCGGGUAGUAUUUAUUUAUUUAUUUAUUUAUUUAUUUAUAAUAUUAUUUCCAACUUUUAAAUAUAAUAUUUUGGAUCACGCUGAAUUAUACAAUUUAAGGUUUGUAAUAAGGUAAAUCGUAAUCAUAUAAUUAAUUAAGUUUAAUUAUAUAUUUAAAUAACUAAAGUAGUUAUAAAUCGGUGUGUAAUUAAUUAUACAA